ACCUUGUGACGGUCCGGGGAAGAGCAUUUCAGGCAGAGAGGUCAGCAGGUGCAAAAGCCCUGCCAUAUGUUCAGGGAAUAGCAAGGACCAGUGUGGCUAAAGCCUAAGUGAGGGAGAGGGGUGAGGGUUGGAAAGGCUGACAGAAGCCAGAUUACUUGCAGCCUAAGGGCCACGGUAAGGAGUUUCUAUUUUCAUUUAAGGGGAUUGGGAAACUAUUAGAAGGGAGUUUUUAAAAGCAAGACAGCGACAUGAUCUGAUUAAUUUUUUUAGAAAGCUCACUUUGGUUUCUGGGAGGAAAACAGAGGGUCAGGACAGAAUCAGGAAGGAAAGUUAGGAGACAAUCCAUUUGUCCAGAUGAGAAAUGGUGACAUGAAUGUGGUGGUGGUGGUAGUGAAGAUGUAGAGAAGCAGAUAUAUUUUGGGUGUACAGAAAACAGGACUUGAUGAUGGGAUUAGAGAAAGAGAGGAAUCUAGAAUAAUGAUAAUAGCCAAGUCAUUUAUGCCUCACAACUCUAUGAGAGUAGGCACUAUUAUUAUUUUCUGUCUUCCUUCUCAGUAGGUACUAUUAUUACACCCACAUUACAGAUGACAAAACAGGCACAGCAAGGUGAAAUCACUUGCCCAAAAUUACACAGGUAGUAAGUGGCAGGCUUGUAUUUCCAACCCGGCAGUCUGGUUCUAGAGCCACUUAGGUUUGGGGAAAGAUAAGGAAGGCAUGUGUAGCUGACAUUAAGAAAAAAGAAAUAUCAAGACCUAAUGACUGGGUCUUUGGGAAAUGGAAGAAGUCAAAGAUGACUCAAAAAAAUGUCUCAGUUGUCCACAGAGAGGUGAUAAUUGAAUCUACAGGAGUUAAUUACAUUCCUAAGUGAGAGAAAACAAGUGUAAAGAAGGGAAAGGAAGCAGAGAAUAAACUUUUCGGGGGGAAGGGGUGUCAAGACAUUUAGGAGUGGGAGGAAGAACGCUAGCUUCCUCUCUAUUCCAGAGUUUACCGGAGCUCCCCAUACUGUGCUUAUCUUCCAGGAGGCCCUGCCUGGCUUCUCCUCUCCUCUCCCUCCGUUCCCCAGCACCAUUCAUACAAAAAGCUCAUUCUUUGCUAAUGCAGUGGUAUACAUAUUUUGUGUAGGUAUUUCAGGAGUUUCUGGAAAUAAUGGUUGAUUCUUAUAAGAGAAGUUGUGCUCCCUUGGCUUCUGACAGUCUCUUCUCAGGUUAUGAAAGUGAGUUAACCCUAAGUAACUAGCCUGUUACCUUGUUCAUGAAGUGUAAGUUCUCAAAGGCCUAGGUCGUGCUGUAAAAAGAACUAGGAAUGGGUAAGAAGGCAGAUAGGAUCCCCUUAUUCAUCCAGAGAUGUUGGUAUUAAAGGGCCCUUAGGCCCAACUUUCACCUUGUUGCCCAGGCUGGUCUCAAACUCCUGGGCUCAAGCGAUCUGCCCACCUCAGUCUCCCGAAGUGCUGGGAUUACAGAUGUGAGCCACCAUGCCCAGCUUUGUUGCAUUGUUAAGAGCAAGCAAGAGCUCUGAAGCCAGACUGCCUGGCCUUGAAAAUCUCAGCUUGGUGUGCAGUCUUGGGCAAAGUGACUUAAUUUCUCUGUGCCUCAGUUGCUCCAUCUGUAAAAUGAUAAUAUAUUCGUAUAUGUAUGUAAUAUAUUUUUGAAAUAGAGUUUUGGGAAUCAAAUGUGCUUAUCUGUGGAAAGCUGUUGGCAAAGGGCCUGACAAUGUAUGAUGUAUGAAGACAUGCUAAGCAUCAUGCUUGCUAUUGAGAUGAAGUAUAGAGGAGGAAAAAAGCAUCAUGCACGGUAUUUUUAAAUACAUUGUUUCAUUUAAUUCUUCUAACAAGCUUCAUUGAGGAAGAAACAGAGUUACUUGUCAUAGUCAAUACAGCAAGUAAGUAUAACAGGAGAGCCAGGAUUUAAGCCAGGUCUGACUAACUCCACCAUCCUGCUUCUGAAUGAAGAGAGCUGGACUCCAGAGGCACUGUUUAUGGGCAUAUGGGCCUUUUCUCACUGUUUGGGGCCAGAGAAGAAGCCCAGAGGGCAGUUUGUCCUGGAACAUCUUAGCAUUUUUUUGUUUUUUUUUUGUUUUUGUUUUGAGACAAAGUCUCCAGUCCCCCAGGCUGGAGUGCAAUGGCGCAAUCUCAGCUCACUGCAACCUCCACCUCCCAGUUUGAAGCGAUUCUGCUGCCUCAGCCUCCUGAGUAGCUGGGAUUACAGGCGCCUGCUACCACGCCCAGCUGAUUUUUUGUAUUUUUAGUAGAGACAGGGUUUCACCAUGUUGGCCAGGCUGGUCUCGAACUCCUGACCUCAGGUGAUCCGCCCGUCUCGGCCCCCCAAAGUGCUGGGAUUACAGGCAUGAGCCACCGUGCCCAGCCUUUCUCCAGGUGGGAGUGCAGUGGCAUGAUCUCAGCUCACUGAAGCCUCGACCUCCAGAACUCAAGUGAUCCUCCCAAAGUAGCUGGGACUGCAGGUGCACACCACCACGCCCAGCUAAUUUUUGGAUUUUUUGUAGAAACAGUUUUGCCAUGUUGCCCAGGCUGCUGAUCUGGAACCUUUGGCUUUUGUUUUGUUUUGUUUUUGUUUUUUGAGACAGGGUCUCACUCUGUUGCCCAGGCUGGAGUGCAGUGGCACGAUCUUGGCUCACUGCAAGCUCUGUCUCCCGGGCUCAAGUGAUUCUCCCGCCUCAGUCUCCCAAGUAGCUGGGGUUACAGGUGCACGCCACCAUGCCCAGCUAAUUUUUUUGUAAUUUUUGUAGAGACGGGGUUUCACUAUGUUGCCCAGGCUGGUCUCGAGCUCCUGAGCUCAAGCGAUCCACCUGCCCAUGCCUCCCAAAGUGCUGGGAUUACAGGCGUGAGCCACUGCACCCAGCCCUCUUAGCCAUUUUGUUAACCUCAUUUCCCACCUCUGGAGGUGGUAGGGGCUUCCCAAGAAGAUCACUUGGACCUCUUCAAGUAUGGUGGCAAUAUUGCUGGGCUGUUGGAGAGACUUUUGUUAUAGAGGCUCCCCUCUUGUGUUUUUCCUCAAAGGCAAGGAGUCAUUUUUGGUCACGUGAGGACAAAGAGACCAGACCAGUAGUGCAUUCUGUUUUGCAUGGGAAUUGUCAAGGCUGUUUCAGUUUUAACUGAAACCUAACUCAAACUGGCCUAAGUCAAAAACGAAUUUAUUCAUCUAUGUAACUGAAAAGAGUGGGCCACAAGGGGGAGGCUUCAGGCUAGCUGCAUCUAGGUUUUAAAUCAUGUGAACAGAUCUCCUUUUCCCCCUCCCCCAUCUCUUGACUUUGCUGUCAUCUGUGUUAGUUUCAUUCUGAAGCAGGCUUCCACCGUGAAAUAGAAGAGGUGGCAACUGGUGACAUCAUGAGACGAUGUAUAAUCUGAGCAACCCUAACCAAGAACUUAUUUUCCUUAGUAGUUCCAGCAAAAAUCCAGAGAGGACUAUCCUUGGCCAGGCUUUACCCCAUGUCCACUUCUGGAGCCAAGAAAGACAGUUCCUUCUCCAAGGGGAACCCAGGGUGUUGAUACUAGAAGAUGGAAAUGGAUACAGUAAGAUGCUGCCACAGUGAGAUGCCUCACCCCGUUCUCCCUCUCUCACUCCAGCCAAGCACAUGGGAUAGAAAGUAGCAGGCGGCCUCUGGCCCUUUAAUGGAAGAGGGCCAUCCAGUCCUCUCCAGUUAACAUCUAGACCGAACACAAAGCAUCUUUCUCUCAUCCAGAAGACAUAGGAACCCUACCUUCAGGGAUGAUUUUUUUUUAACAGUGAAAUCUUAAAAGUAACUGUUUCACUAAAGCCUCCAGUAUUUACUGAAGACUGUCAGAAUCAUCCUCCAUCACUAGAUCUUCUCCACCAGUCAUGUUCCCUGAGCAGUGGGGUGGCUUGAAGGUAUAAACCAGAGAGGCCCAAGGGAGGGAUAGUUAGCAGACUUCUGGUCUUUUUCUAGUUUGUGCUCAUCUGUUCCAAGGACCACAGGAUUCUUCUCAUCGCAGUGCUCCAGGCAGCCACUACCAAUCAAUUGGAGUUAGCCUGUGAGGAAACUGGAGAGGCGUGGCUGGACCAAGACCUCCCCCCAUGUGAGCAGGCUUCCUCCUCCCCCAACAACCGUUGCCACCACGCCCAGAAACGUCCUUAAGCCCUGGCCCUCAGGGGAAAGGUAACAGGAGGCCAGAGCCGGGACCAUGUGACGGCGCUGGCCCUCGCCACCGCCGUCCCCCCACCCUGGCCCCAGGCCCGGCACCAUGAUGUUCCGAGACCAGGUGGGCAUCCUCGCUGGCUGGUUCAAGGGCUGGAAUGAGUGUGAGCAGACAGUGGCCCUGCUGUCACUUCUGAAACGGGUCACCCGUACCCAGGCCCGCUUCCUGCAGCUCUGCCUGGAGCACUCACUGGCGGACUGCAAUGACAUCCACCUGCUGGAGUCGGAGGCCAACAGUGCUGCCAUCGUCAGCCAGUGGCAGCAGGAGUCCAAAGAGAAGGUGGUGUCCCUCCUGCUGUCCCACCUUCCCCUGCUUCAGCCAGGCAACACAGAGGCCAAGUCGGAGUACAUGAGGCUACUGCAGAAAGUGCUGGCCUACUCAAUCGAGAGCAAUGCUUUCAUCGAGGAGAGUCGCCAGCUGCUUUCCUAUGCCCUCAUCCACCCAGCCACCACACUGGAGGACCGCAACGCACUGGCCCUCUGGCUGAGCCACCUGGAAGAGCGGUUGGCUAGUGGCUUCCGCUCCCGGCCAGAGCCCUCCUACCAUUCACGCCAAGGCUCAGAUGAGUGGGGGGGCCCUGCAGAGCUAGGCCCUGGGGAGGCAGGGCCAGGCUGGCAGGACAAGCCACCCCGGGAAAAUGGACACGUGCCCUUCCACCCAUCCAGCUCAGUGCCGCCAGCCAUCAACAGUAUUGGGAGCAAUGCAAACACAGGUCUCCCCUGCCAAAUCCACCCUAGCCCACUGAAGCGCUCCAUGUCACUCAUCCCUACAAGCCCCCAGGUCCCUGGUGAGUGGCCGAGUCCAGAGGAGCUUGGGGCCCGGGCUGCUUUUACCACGCCCGAUCACGCACCUCUCUCGCCCCAGAGCAGCGUGGCCUCCUCUGGCAGUGAGCAGACAGAGGAGCAGGGCUCCAGCCGAAACACUUUCCAGGAGGAUGGCAGUGGCAUGAAAGAUGUGCCCUCAUGGCUCAAGAGCCUCCGCUUGCACAAGUAUGCAGCCCUCUUCUCACAGAUGAGCUACGAGGAGAUGAUGACACUGACUGAGCAGCACCUGGAGUCUCAGAACGUCACCAAAGGUGCCCGCCACAAGAUAGCCCUGAGCAUCCAGAAGCUGCGUGAGAGACAGAGCGUCCUCAAGUCCCUAGAGAAGGAUGUGCUGGAAGGUGGGAACCUACGAAACGCUCUGCAGGAGCUGCAGCAGAUCAUCAUCACUCCCAUCAAGGCCUACAGUGUCCUCCAGGCCACCGUGGCUGCCACCACCACCACCCCUACUGCCAAGGAUGGGGCCCCGGGGGAACCACCGCUGCCAGGUGCUGAGCCUCCCCUAGCCCACCCCGGCACAGACAAAGGCACCGAGGCCAAGGACCCUCCAGCUGUGGAGAACUACCCACCUCCACCAGCUCCAGCUCCCACUGAUGGCAGUGAGCCUGCCCCGGCUCCCGUCGCCGACGGAGACAUCCCCAGCCAGUUUACACGGGUGAUGGGCAAAGUGUGCACCCAACUGCUGGUGUCCCGACCAGACGAGGAGAACAUCACCAGUUACCUCCAGCUCAUCGAAAAGUGCCUGACUCAUGAGGCUUUCACGGAGACGCAGAAGAAACGGCUGCUAUCCUGGAAACAGCAAGUGCUGAAGCUCCUCCGGACAUUCCCGCGCAAAGCCGCACUAGAGAUGCAGAACUACCGGCAGCAGAAAGGCUGGGCAUUCGGCUCCAACUCGCUCCCCAUAGCUGGCUCUGUGGGGAUGGGAGUGGCCCGGCGUACCCAGCGGCAGUUCCCAAUGCCUCCCCGGGCCCUCCCACCCGGCCGGAUGGGCCUCCUGAGCCCCUCGGGCAUUGGGGGUGUCUCCCCUCGACAUGCCCUCACCAGCCCCAGCCUUGGAGGCCAGGGCCGACAGAACCUGUGGUUUGCCAACCCUGGAGGCAGCAACAGCAUGCCCAGUCAGAGCCGCAGCUCUGUGCAGCGCACCCACUCGCUCCCGGUCCACUCGUCACCCCAGGCCAUUCUCAUGUUCCCUCCAGACUGCCCGGUUCCUGGGCCUGACCUGGAGAUCAAUCCCACUCUGGAGUCUCUGUGUCUGAGCAUGACAGAACACGCCUUGGGUGAUGGGACAGACAAAACCUCCACCAUCUGACGGGACCCACAGCCCAGCGCACCCAUAGGCUCCCUGGGCGGCGGGCGGGGGCCAACCCCCAACGGGCUUCUCCGCGACAGCGAGAGGGUGGGCUGGCUCAGCUAUAUAUUCUAAUAUUUUUCUACUCUCUCACCCUCUUAACUUUUGUUUAACAUUGGCACAUGCCUUGCUCACUCCCAGGCCCGUCGAGGGAUCUCUGCUGAGGCCCGGGGAGUUGGGGGCAGCCAGGAUAAAGGGGGCAGGGACUGGCCAGACUGCCUGCCUCUCUCCUUUCCUUCCUCAUCCCCACCUGGUCCCAUCCCACCCCUGCCUCCUCCAGACCGCUGACCACCUGCCUCUCCCCAAGGGAGCAGACUCCCCAGAGACAAACUGACCACUACCUUGUGGAGCCUGCUCAGAAACAUUUGACAUUUGGGGUGACGCGCAGGGCAGAGAACCUGCCCUCCAGAAUGUUAUUGAGAGGAGCUGGGGAGAAGGAAGGGGAGCAAGGAGAGGAAGCUCUCUCUCCUCUCCCUGCUUCCCCUUCACCAUUCCCCACAUUCUCCAAGGACAGGAGCCACCUUCCUCUCUCUCACCUCCCCUGGCCCUGUUCACCAGAGGUUCUCUAUGAUUAAUUUCUUAGGCCUAUUUAAGAUACAUAUUUAUAUAGUUCUUAACGGUUUUUCUCUGAUCAUUUCCUCUCAUUUUUAGAAUCCCCAGGUCUCUCUCAGCCAAGACAGUGGCAGGGGGAGCCUGAACUUUAUGAGGGGAGAGGGCAGAGCCCCCUCCUCCAGACCCCCAAGCUCUAACCCAUUUUCCUCCAGCCCUGGCUACCCAGAUGAAGAGGUUGGAGGUGGGCAGCCAGGGUGGCCAGGGAGGUCAGGAAGUCUGUUGCCUUAACGUCCCCUUCCCCACGAACACACACCCUUCUCCGCUCCCAGGUCUGGUUGGUGAGACCUGGGAGUCAGGAAUAAGGGAAAGGGGAUUGUUUGGUUUUUGGGUUUUUCCCUAAGCCCCUCCCUUUUCUUUCAGCCUUUUUCCUCCCCCCAUUAUGUCAUGACCUCACUUAAGUGGAACACUAUAUCAUAACCCAGAGAUUCGUCCCAGCCCCAGAGUCCGACAGACUGUCUGGUCCCUAUUCCUAAUGAGGGGUUGUGUUGGGGCCCAGGUGGAGGGAGGGGAUUUGGGGGUUCAGACUGCGGGGAAGCCAGGGUCUCCCUCUUCAACGCCCUCCUCCCCCUCAACCCACCUUCCCCACUGGGACGUUCUCAAGCUUUUCACACCGAAAAGGAAAAAAAAUGUUAUUUUUAGAUACAUUUUAUGAAUAACUUUUGUUAUGAAUAUGGCUGGUAACCAUUGUGUAUGUUAUUAAAGAUACAAAAUGUUGGGAAAAAAACAAAAAAACCAAAAAAAAAAAAAUUUUAAAACCACCACCCUCCCUGCACUAUCACCCCAUUCCCCAGACCUUCUUGCCCCCGCCCUCCUGGUCUGUGGACUUCCCUCUGCUCUGAGCCCAGGGAGGGGGAAGAAGCCAGGGGGUAGGGUGGCCCUGGGAACCUGGCUCUGGGUCCCCACUUCCUCUCCCAGUGCCGGGCUGGGUGGGGUGUCAGGUUUAUUUAUGUACCUCUUGCACACUCAUCAACCUAUGCAAGUCCCCCACCCCGGCCCUCCAUGUUUCUGUGCCUUUGCUCAUCCCCUCAAUCUCCCAGGGCUUCUCCAGUCCCCCUCCCACUAGCUGCAGGAAGUGGGAUGGACGGGCCACCUCGUUUGGAAUCAGCAGGGUGUCCCUCUCAUGGGACCCUCCCCUCUCCCCAGCCUGUCCUGUCUUGUUCACUCUCCAUCAGGGUGAGCUGACUGUGCCUGGCACUGGGAGGUGGUGAGGGACACCGUCUCACACACACAGGGAGGCAAGAGCUGCCCCCCACCCCACCUGACAGCAGAGUGUGCAGGACGCAGGCGGCCCCACUCUGAUGGGCAGGACCCUGACCCUCUCCCGCUCCAGCCCCCUCCCCAGGCCCUCCUCCAUGAUUUCACCCUCCCUACCCACUUCUGUCCCCGGCCCCACUGGCAGAAUCAGCUUUGAGUAACUGUACAGUUUUUCUCGCUGUUGGAGAAGACUUAUUUGUUGGAGUUUCACUUGUUUAAUGGUCUGGGCUUAUUUUGGAAAAAAAAAAAAAACAAAAAAAAAAACGAA